AUGGCCGUCGCCACACGUCCUCGCGCGCUCACCUCCGACCCACUCCCCAGCCCCACCUCCUCCACGUUCUCCACCACCACUCCGCGAUACAACAACUUCCGCCCGCUUCGCUAUCAGACCAAAGAAGAGCUCGACCGGUUCUUCGGUUCGACUUCCACCCAGCGACGCGAGCAGCGUCUGCGCGUACGCGAAUCCGACGGCCAAGUGUACUACGACGUUAUCGAGAAGGAUGAGUGGGCUCAUUUGCUUGCUUCUGGCUCGUCGGAGGAUAGGAAGGGUAGGAGGAGGAGCAGCGCCGUGACGUGUCUGACGCUCAAUUCGCCUUUGCGUCCUGCGAGCCCGCGGAGGGAGAGUUCGGCGAGCGAGAGUGCCACUGGUUGCGUCACGCCGCUUGUGAGUCGAUUUGGGAACGUGCUUAUUGAUGGAGACGGAACAAACGAGCGAAGAGGAAGGAAGAGGAGCAACAGCGCCCUCGCACCGCGGAAGGACAGGGUGGACGAUGAGAAGCCGCUCAGCGGUGGUGGUGAACACGACUGGGUGAGCUCGCCCGCAUUCAAGCGUCGUCAGAGCGACUUCAGCCCCCGCAACAGCAUCGCCAACGAGGAGGGAAUGGAGCCCAAGGAGGGCAGAAUUCGCAUCUCGCGCCUCCCACUCGGCCGCCGUAAGCUCGACAAACACACGCUCGACCAGGCCUUCGGUGUUGAGUCGAAUCCGCUCUUCGACCUCUCACCCAACCCCAUUCAUCUCACGUCUCGUGCACACAAGCCGGCCACACUCCAGAUUCCAUCGAGCCACAUUGGCGGUCUGACCGACCCUCUUAGCCCAACCACCUCUACGCCACCGCGCAGCCCGAUUUCGCCCACAUACGACGGCUCGCGUCGGGGCACCUUCGGCCCGCUCUCGCACCCCAUGCAGCGCGCAUCCCACUCGCCAGACCACAUCCUCUCCUUCCCCAUUCCGACCAGCGCGAGCCUCUCCUCGGCGGGGAUGGAGUACCUCGUCUCCCCCGCACCCACCGCUACGUCGGGUCGGACCCUUCGACACGCAUCGUCGUUCGACAGCCCGCGCACCCCUUCCGACAGUUGGGGUCAGCGUCAACGCUGGCAUUCUGCAGACGAGUCUCACCCUCCACUGCGGGGAACACGUUCCGUCGCAUCGCUCCGUAGCGAUGCGGGGAAUCCGUUUGCCAGCGCCCGUUCGAGCGCCGCCGCUGCCCAGGAUCGCCGUCGCAAAGGGUCAAGCGAAAGCGAUGGGUCCGGUGCGGAGUGCUUUACCGCCCUGGCCCCACGCUUGGGGGCUAAGCGUUUCGACCCAACGCGAUUCCUGGAUCUGGAUCUCACUCCCUCUGUCGCCUCGGUCUCGGUCGACGUCGGACCCAUGCGCGAUCCUCUCUCCCUUCUCUCCCGCUCCACUCCGUUGGUCAACACGCGCGAACCGCUCUCGAACCUUUCCAUCCUCUCCGACCCCUCCGUCAGCCCGGAAGCUAGCCAGAACGAGCAACCGAAGAAGGCCUUGCGAGGAACCGGCCUCCGCACCGGCGCCCACGUCUACGACGGCAUCGACAUCCCCUGUGCAUCCAUCCACCUCCACUCGGAUCCGGAGGACAACCUCGACCCGGCCACCGUGGCCAGUUUGAGCAGUGGCCAGAUUCGCAAGUUGAAGAAAAAGGCUGCCACUAACGCCGGUGAAGGUGCGACAGGACAUGUGAGGAGGGGCAGUGAAGUACCUAUCACUUGA